AGGACAGCGCCCAAGGUCAGGGCCUAGUUGGAAUGGACUCAGAAGAGCUGACUCAUGUUUGGUUAAGGAGAGAGCCUUUGUCAGAUUUCCCCAACAAAGUGAGAGAGAAGCUAAAACAGGAGACUGAGGAAAAACUGACCAGAAGGAACGGGAAGACAAUGAGAGGGGAGCAUUUGGAAGGAGGAGGGUGUGCUCCCCUGAACCGAAUCUGCUGACAGCAAGUAAAUUGAAGCCUGGGGAGCAUAGAGAUGUUGGUGGAGGCCCUCCAGGGAGAGGUGCCGCUAAGAAGACAUGUCCCAACUUGCCUGUCUUCUUGGAAAACUCCUCCCCGUGUCCUGAAAUCUUCCCAGUCAGCAGCUCUGCUCGGUGUAACGGAUCAUGGGCCAUCCUGCGCCCCUCUGCAGAUGUUUACAGAGGAGGAGAUGAUGAUUAAGAACACAGUUAAAAAAUUUGCCCAGGAACAGAUUGCUCCUCUGGUUUCAACGAUGGAUGAAAAUUCAAAAAUGGAGGAAUCAGUAAUACAAGGAUUAUUUCAGCAAGGGUUGAUGGGUAUUGAAAUUGAAACAAAAUAUGGAGGAACAGGAGCUUCCUUUUUUUCCUCUAUCCUAGCGAUAGAGGAAUUAGCCAAAGUUGAUGCAUCUGUGGCUUUGGUGUGUGACCUCCAGAACACCGUCAUUAACAAUCUGAUUAGAAAACAUGGAACAGAAGAACAAAAGGCUACCUAUUUGACCGAGCUUGCGACAGAGAAAAUAGGAAGUUUCUGCCUUUCAGAGGCUGGAGCAGGUAGCGAUGCAUUUGCUUUGAAGACCAGAGCUGAUAAAAAGGGAAAUUAUUAUGUCAUCAAUGGGUCAAAGAUGUGGAUCACCAAUGCUGAGUAUGCGGGGCUCUUCCUGGUGAUGGCAAACAUAAAUUCUGACCUUGGGUAUAAAGGAAUUACCUGCUUCUUAGUAGAUCGCGACACUGAAGGCCUUCACGUAGGGAAAGCAGAAAACAAAAUGGGGUUGAGAGCUUCUUCCACCUGCCCAUUAACGUUUGAAAACGUCAAGGUUCCAGAAACCAACAUCCUGGGACAAAUUGGACACGGCUAUAAGUAUGCCAUAGGGAGUCUUAAUGAAGGCAGAAUAGGAAUUGCUGCACAGAUGCUGGGAUUGGCUCAAGGCUGCUUUGACCACACUAUCCCAUAUAUGAAGGAAAGGAUACAAUUUGGCAAAAGGAUAUUCGAUUUUCAGGGGCUCCAACACCAAGUGGCUCAGGUGGCCACCCAGCUGGAGGCUGCAAGAUUGCUAAUAUACAACACUGCUAGGCUUUUAGAAGGUGGAAAGUCAUUCAUAAAAGAAGCAUCCAUGGCCAAAUACUAUGCAUCAGAGAUUGCAGGCCUCACAACCAGUAAGUGUAUCGAGUGGAUGGGAGGAGUCGGCUACACCAAAGAUUUCCCUGUGGAAAAAUACUUCCGAGAUGCAAAAGUUGGCACAAUAUACGAAGGAGCUUCAAAUAUCCAGCUCAACACCAUCGCAAAGUGCAUUGACACAGAAUACUGACGUCCACAGGGACGGGCCUCUCCCCCUUGUCGCUGGCAUAAAAGUCUAAACUAUCGUGCCUUUUUGUGGAAGUAAACCUCCAUGGCAUUGAA